GAGUGUGCCCGCGCGCCUGCUGACGUCAACGAUCCAGUUGUGUGCAGGAAUGCGGAGUCGUGCGACUCCUGGGAAGCGAGAACGAUCUCCGUGAACCAAGUGGGACGAGCGUCUUUCGCGUGCCUUGGACAUUCGGACGGGAGAGCGAACGCGAGGCUUCGCCAUGGCAGCAGAAAUCGAGCAUUCGCUCUUCCCCCUGAACCUCAGCAUGCCCUUAGCUGGAGACAUGUACGGCCUGUCCGAGCUCUCCAAGACCGAGAUGGUGGCGCCUCAGCUGGUCAUGCUGGCCAACGUGGCCCUGACCUGCGAAGUCAAUGCCAAUGAGUAUCUGGGUGAAGAGAGGCAGAUGGCAGAGCUCAAGACGGUAAGCAGCGCGAUGCUGGACAGCGAAGAGGAGGAGGAGGAGGACGACGACGACGAGGAGGAGCGUGAGAACACGUUCAGUGCGGAGAACGCGGUGGAAACUCCGGCCGUGCCGACCGAGGAGGCCUCACAAGGAGAAGCGCCACAGGAGCAGAAUGCCAGCAACCCGCCCAAGACUAGCGAAGUGAACUCGGGGCCGCGGGUCAAGCGAGCCCGGGCCAGCAGCGGCGACAAAAGCAAAAAAUCCAAGCCUUUCCGCUGUAAGCCCUGCCAUUAUGAGGCAGAGUGCGAGGAAGAGUUCUUGCACCACAUCAAGGUGCACAGCGUGGAGAAUUUCAUCUCGGACGGGGACCCCAAGAAGCAGACCCAGCAGAAGGACUCCGAGGAGACCUCUGAAGAAGGCUUCUCGUUUAAAGGCCCCAUUCUGUGUGACCGCUGCGGUUACAACACCAGCAGGUCCGAUCACUACCUAGCCCAUCUGAGGCACCACAACAAGGCUGGCGACAGCCAGCAGGUCUUCAGGUGCACCAUCUGCAGCUACACCACCGUCAGCGAGUACCACUGGAAGAAGCACCUGAGGAACCACUUCCCCAGGAAGCUGUACACCUGCUGCCAGUGCUCCUACUUCUCGGACAGGAAGAACAACUACGUGCAGCACAUCCGCACUCACACAGGUGAGCGGCCCUACCAGUGCCCACUCUGCAUGUACUCCAGCUCCCAGAAGACACACCUGACUCGUCACCUGAGGACACAUUCCGGUGAAAAGCCGUUCAAGUGCACGAUGUGUAUGUACGUGGCCUCGAACCAGCACGAAGUGACCCGUCACGCCCGCCAGGUUCACAAUGGACCCAAGCCCCUGAACUGCCCUUACUGCAAGUACAAGACGGCCGACCGCAGCAACUUCAAGAAGCAUGUGGAGCUCCACGUCAACCCUCGCCAGUUCCUGUGCCCGGUCUGUGAUUACGCCGCUUCAAAAAAGUGUAACCUGCAGUAUCAUAUCAAGUCUCGCCACUCAGGCUGCUCCGACAUCACCAUGGACGUGUCCCGGGUGAAGCUGCGCAUCAAGAAAGCCGACCCGCACGGUGCCAGCUCGGAGGAGCCGCUGAAAGUUGAAAUGAUGGAGGAGCAGCAGAAAGAUGAAGCCCCCGAGAGUGGCAGAGGCAGAGCCGAGAAGCAGAGCAAAAAAGGACAGAAGGACGAGGGGCAGAACCAAAGUCCACAAAAACAGAUGACCACACGGAGUCAUAAGCCGAUAGAGAAGGCGACAGAGGGACCGGGGAAGGCAGAAAGGCAGAAGCCAAAAGACGCGGCGAAGAAGCAAAAAGAAAAAGACGGCGAAAUGGAAGAAGCACAGACGAGAGCCGAAAGUGGGCAGAAAAGAGCAGACAAGAGUAAUGAAAAAGUGGAGGAGAUGAAAAAGUCAAAGAAGAAAGUGGAAAAGACAAAGAAGAGAAAAGAAAAGGAAGCCGAAGAAACGCCCAGGGAGACCCCACGGGGGACAGACGAGGUGAAGAGGGGCAAAGAACAAGAGGCAGGAGGCCACGAGACGCUCAAAGAGAAAGCCGAAAAGCAGAAGAAACCCGAGAAGAAGAAGAACAACAACACAAGUGAGAAGGACGCCAAGAGGAAGAAGCUGACCAUCAUCAAGCAGAAGGCCAACAAAAGGCGAGGGAAGAGGAAUCUGCUCAGUGACAAAGUCAAAAUGGUGGGCGAGAUGAUGAUGAUGAUGAUGAAGAAGAAAAAGGUGGUAAAAGAGAGACAGCAGAGCUCAGUGGCCGUCCAGGAGCCAAGGGAGCCAUCAGGAAGACUCCGCAAGGUCGUGGUAGAGGAAGAAAAGCCGAAAGGCAGAAAGCGAAAAGCAGCGGACCCCCUGCCCGCACCCUCACUUGUAGGGGGCAGAGCCACCAAGAAAAGGAAGCUUCUCCUCGAGGGCAGACCCCUGAACUUGAGGACCAGCAGGACUCGACACAGGCAGAAGGAGAGGCAUGCAGCCAAAUGCAAACGAAAGCGCAAAGCGAAGGCCACUCUGAGGGCGAGGGUCCACCGCUCCUCGGCUGCCAGACUGCGCCUGAAGCGCAGGGGUGAGGGAGCCGUGGAGGAGACCCCUGGUGCCAUUUUAGCCGAUGCUGACCCUGCAGCUCCGCUUCCAGAAGCUGCGGAGGUCCCUGUGGCCACGGAGAGCAUCCAGCAGCAGCAGCAGGAUGUUCACCAAAUCCAAGAAGAGAUGGAAGCGGAGCCGCAGCAGGAGGACUGCGAGGAGGAGGAGGAGGAAGAAGAAGAAACUGCCCAGGAUGGGCCACAAACGGCUACGUCUUCGGAGGGCAGCCCUGAGCCGCCAGCUGAACUUGUGACCACGUCACCCGUUGACGCAUCUAAAAGCGAAGCUCAGCCGCUGGAGAAGAGCGAGAGCCAAGCCGAGGUCCCCGAGGGGCCGCCACCGCUCCCCCACACAGACAAAGCUGAGGUAGAGCCAGCUGACAUCGAGGAAGACGAAGGCAUCCACAGUCACGAUGGCAGUGACAUUAGUGACAGCAUCUCGGAGGGUAGCGAUGACUCGGGAUUGAACGGUGUUGCCUCUGCCGACGGAGCAGCCACCAGUGCACCGAGCAAAAGUGGGCAGGCAGACGGCGGGCAGUGCCAGGAGAACUUCACCUGCAUCUUCUGUGACCGGCUGUUCUCGGCCGAAGCCGAAUACCGGAGGCAUCUUCAUCGGCAUUUGGUGAACGUCUACUACUUGGAAAGUCAGGAGCAGACCUAAGAUGCUUUAUGGGCCUUCAGGGUUCCCUGGCGGUGCCCCUGUGCCCCUGUCCUGACAUUUGUCCGACACUCACAGCCGACUCGGCUCCUGCUACAUUUCAGUUGGCUUUGGCCAUCUUGCACCGGUGGCCCUGGGGUGUCACGUACUGUGUGAAGUGCCACGGUCAGAGACUUGCCUGAAGAUGAAAUGACGGUGCCAUCUGUCGGUGUCUCCCCCUCGUUGUCCUCGCUCAUUUCUUGACCGGUGCCACACUGCAAGCCCACAAAUGGGGAGAACCCGAGGCGCGUGGGCGCCACAGCACUUCGCUUGGGGGGGAGGGAGCGCCUCUUCCUUUUCUACCUCACUGUGUACCCCCCUGAACCCCCCACCCCCCAAGUGCCCACUUUGCAUGCUUUGGUUACUGGACAAGUCGUUUUUGGAGGCGCGGGGCGAUCCAAAGGUAGAUGUUAGUUUGUGUUGCUGUAGGACUCGCCUUAGCACUCGCUUUUGCUCUCUUGCCUUGACAAUCGGGCUUCUGCCCAAGGACGCUCGUUUAAUUUGUAGGUCACUUGUGGGCCUCUGGAUGUCCCGCCACCCGGGGGGUCCGGCGGCCAGUGCAAUAUUGAACCAAAAAAACCAAAGGGAGUAGCCGUAGGAGGCCAACUCGAAGGACGCUGCAGAAGCCUUGAAAUGGUGGUGCCCACUCCCCUGCCUGCCUCCAUGUGUGCCACUGCUGUCCGUCCCUUGUGUGCCCCUUCUUUUCUUUUCUUUCUUUCUCUGCAUUUGAAGAUUCCCCUCAAGAACUUGUGUGAUGCAGCCUGAUGAAUGACCACGUUUGGCCCAGCGGAGCCCACCUGUGUGGCACCGAGCGUGGAAGUGGGCUGCAGGUGAACCUACUGGCGGUGUCGUGGAGCUUAACGUUACCGGUUAAAAAGUGCGCUUGCUUUGUGUUGGGAGUCUGUAGCCUUGGGCGCCAGCGGCAGGACAGGGGGCACUGGCUUCACUUUGUUGUUCCUCAUCUGAUGCCCGACGGGUUGGGUGGGCCUCCUGCUGUUGUGUAUUCUGACGCUGUAGAUACAGACAGACAGACAUUCACUUUAGUUUUUAAUAAAAGUCCGACUCUACA